AUGACUCAACCGGUCAAAGACACUGCUGAAACCACUGUUUCUCCUGCUACUCCUACAUAUGAAGAUCGCCUUGAGGAAUGGGACACAAUUUCUGAGUUGCUCUCCGAGGAGACUCGUCUCGGUACUCUUCAAACUCAUCAUGUGGACUCUGUUCUUGCCACUCCUCCGUCCCGGCCAUCAUUUCCCCAGCGGACUACUGCUUGCCUCUACUGUCAGAAUCGGGGCCUUCCUUCAACCCAUCUCCUGGUCCAUUGCCCCGUCAGAUCCUGCCGCUACUGCAACAAACUUGGUCCUGGCCAUCUGCAACAGGAUUGUUUUCGCAAUCCCUCUCGCUCAUCCUCCAAUAGCCACUCCUCUCGCGGUGGCUCUUCCCGGGGAAACUUUCACCGUUCCGGCAAUCAGUCUCAGUCUCAUCACACUGCUGCUGCUGCUUCCGGGAAUCAGUCUCAUCACACUGACACUGCCACCUCUGCCGGGUUCUCUGAGUCACCUACUCCAUCUACCCCUCGCUUUUCUCCAACAGAUGUAGAGGCCAUGCUCAAACAGCUUCUCUCCCCAUCUGGUACACCUCCUCCUACUGCUUUGUCUGUCAUUCCAGGACCCUCAGACAGGGCAGACUAUUGGGAUCGGCCGUAAGCAUGGACGUCUCUAUGAACUCAUUCACCUUCAUGUUCCUGCCUCUCCUCAAAUUGCUGCACCUACAUCUCCUUCCUCAUUAUCUCCCUUUCAUCUUUGGCAUUGUCGCUUAGGGCAUAUUUCUGUUAAUCGCUUAAGGUCUUUGGUUUCUAGUGGACAGUUGGGUCAUGUAAUUCCCGAUAAUUUCGAUUGUAUACCCUGUCAACUGGCCAAACAACCUGCUUUAUCAUUUAAUAAAAGUACUUCAGUUUCCCUUACACCUUUUGAUCUUAUCCAUUCCGAUAUUUGGGGGCCCUCCCCUACUACUACUAUGGGGGGAUCCCGCUAUUUUGUUGUUUUUAUUGAUGAUUUUUCCCGGUUUACUUGGCUUUUUCUCAUGAAACAUAGGUCUGAAUUGAAACACAUUUAUUAUCGUUUUGCACAAAUGGUCCACACCCAAUUCUCCAAAACCAUCAAAAUUUUUCGCUCUGACAAUGCUAUGGAAUAUCGGGAUUCAGAUUUCCUUUCCUUUCUUCAGCAUCAUGGUACAUUGCCUCAUCGUUCCUGUGCUGGCACAUCCCAGCAAAAUGGCCGCGCUGAACGGAAACAUAGGCAUAUUCUUGACACUACUCGCGCUCUCCUUCUCUCUUCUUCCUGCCCUGAAAACUUUUGGGGAGAAGCUGCCCUCACUGCUGUUUACACUAUCAACUGUGCUCCUACCCCUGUCAUCCAUAAUCAAACUCCCUUUGAACGUCUACAUGGCACUCCCCCUCCUUACGCCAAUCUCCGGGUUUUUGGAUCUGCCUGCUUUGUUCUACUUCAAUCCCAUGAACACACCAAGCUUGAACCUCGCUCUCGUCUUUGUUGCUUUCUUGGGUAUGGAAUUGAACAUAAAGGCUUUCGCUGUUGGGAUCCUCUCUCUAAACGUCUUCAUAUCUCCCACCAUGUCGUUUUCUGGGAA